GUAUAAAUAUCAAUGUAUGUGUGCACGCAUGCGCGUGGAUUAGUAAACAGAACAACGUGCUUUUAAUGUUAAUCAAGAUACACAUAGAAUUAGGUUAGAAUGUUAAGUCCUGAAGUAUGGAAUUUUAAACCACCUCAACAUUAUUUCGAUGUUGAAAAAUUAGAUAAUAAAAAAAUAGAUGUUCCUGGUACAAUUACGAAGCAUUAUUUCAAUCAUGUAGUUUCUGUGAUACUUCCACAAUCAAGUAAUAUACCUGAUAGUGUAACGAAUAACAUUUCAGAUGAUAGUGAUUAUUAUAAAAUUAAAGACCUUCGUGUUUCUGAAUUAUUGAAUAAACAAUUUAUUGAUGCAUUUGUUAAAAAAGGAGAAUUAACGCUUUUAGCAAUUGGAAAUAAAAUCGAUUUAUCUAAUACCAUAGCUAUUACUCCAAGUGGUAUCUUGAUAAUUUCAUUGAUACGUGAAGAUUUUUAUAAACUUGGAUUAGAAGGAAAUACGUCUUUUUUUGAUCGUAAAACAAAUACACGGAAUGUCGUGGAAAUUGAUUUAACAGCUAAGCAUUUCCUACCUGGUAAGAAAAAUUAUGAACGUGUUAAAACAGCGUUGGAGAAUCACCUUGAUCUGAUUUUUGAUGUAAUAUUAAUAUGGGAACCACCAGAUGAAAAUCUGUGCCCGUCCUCAGUUGCUGCAUGGUUUCACCAACGUGGAUAUAGUGUUUCACUUUGUCGUCAAAAACUUUCAUACAGAACUGAACAUCGUGUUAAUAUACCUAUUGUUACUGAUAAUUUUAAUUUUAAUGACGACUUUUUUGAAUGGCUUGGUGUGUUUAGUAUUUCCGGAUAUAUAAAAAAUGAAGAAAUAUCAGAGUAUGUAAAUACGUAUGAAUGUCCGAAACCAAAUAUACUUGUAGAUCAAGUAAAAUAUCUACAAUAUACAGGAUUUUUUUCUAGACGAAGAGCGAUAAAAAUUUAUAAUUCCGUAAGGGAAUACGUAUUAUCGCAAAAAAAUUUACCAUGGUGCAGUUUACACGUACAAGGAUUUUCUGAUAGUCCUGUUAGUUGGGAUUUGAAAGAACAUACAUUUUUUACAGAUGGUGAUAAUAGUUAUACUAUUUUAUUUAAUCCCAACGCCGAAUGUAUUAUAAGAAAAAGUUUAAGUUCUAACAAUAAAUUAAGAAUCGCUUGAUAAAUUUUCAUUGUGUUAAUAUUCCUACCAGUCUUUUAUAUAGAUACAUAUAUAUAUAUAUUGAGCAAAAUAAAUUCAAUCAAAAAUGAAAAAUAAAAUGAAAGAAAUUUUAAAUAAUAAUACAUAAAUAAUUAUCAAACUAAUUUACUAACUAUAUAUUAUUGCACAAAAUCAUAUAGCGCUAUAAAUAAUUUAUAUAUUCGAGGCCGUAGUAAAUUUACUUGUUAUAUCUAAAAAAAUAAUAGUUAAAUUAUAAUUUGUAAGCAUAUAAAAAAUAUUUGAUAUCGUUGACAUUAUUUUAAAUAUUCUUACAUAUUUCUGAUUAAAUCAUCAAUUUUAUUUUACAUAUAAAACUCUUUGGUAUUAGCUUCCUAACAUUUAUGUAUUUUUUUUUUUAUAUUAAAUGCUUUAAAAAGAUAUAUAUAUAUAGGGUGCUCUGUAACUGGUAGUACAGGACAUCCUGUAUAUAAAAGAAGUUGAAAUUGUAUAUUUUUUGGGGGAGUUUUACAUUUACUUUAUAACAUAGUAACUAUUACGUUGAAUAAUUGCAAAACAAUAAUAAUAAUUAUAAUUAUAAUUAUAAUUAUAGAAAUGAUAAUAAUAAUAAUAAGUAAAAUAAAUGACUAGUAAUUGAAGAGCAAUAAGAAAUACGUCUAAUAAAUUAAGAAAGAAGAAAGGCACUAGAUAUAUAUAAAUAUAUAUAUGUAUGUAUAACUACGAGAUCAAUUAAAUAAAUCUUUCAUAUAACUUCACA